AUGACGACGCGGGAGACCAUCGCCGUCGAUGGUGACCCGUCCGGCGAUGGCAACAGCCACUCUGCAGCACCAGGUUCCCUUCUGGCGGACUCGGCGUCGCCUUCUUCGCGGCCCUCGCUUCCUUCUUCGCCCUUGCCGUUUGUAGCCCUUGCGGAGCAAACAUUCACGCCGCUGUCCAUGGACGCCAGCGACUUUCUCGACGCCCCUGAACACAAGCGAAUGAACGGAACGACGUCGCCUGCCAUGUCCGAGGGCCGCAGGUUAUUGAGCACGUCCAGGAGCAUGGAGCAGAUGCGGCGCACCGGGAAUCUCAGCCGUACCAGCAGUCGUAGCACGGGCCCGGCUGCGUCCGCUGCUGCAGGUCCGACCAUCGUCAGCGCCAUGGUGGAAUCGUUCGAAGCCCUGCACGCUACCUCGUCUGUGGGAUACGAGCUCGUCCGGACGAAAAGUGCUGGUCAGUCUCCAGCGGGGCUUAUGUCACCUCCCUCCACGCUUUCGCCCUCCCCUGCCGGCUCAAGCCCACCUUCACCUGCUCUGCCGGCCGCCGGAAACAAUACUGCGAGCCCAUCGGGUCUAGACGCGGCGCUGGUGGCCGACGGGCUUGGCGCUGCAGACAAUCAAAAACCACCACCGCCCGUUGCGGCCCAAGAUGCAAACAACACUCCCACUGUGCCGCAAACCGCCGCAGCAAAUUCGAAUCCUGAUCCCUUAGCAUCAAUUUCAAACGCCACCGUUGCCGUUGUCCAGGCACACGAUGCCCAUGCCCCGAGUUUGCCUUCGUCGUCCGCUCCUAUCCCCUCGACCUCUACCGUUGUCGCCGAGACCAAUCUAAUCCGGCCGACCCCAACCGCCAACCAACCACAGCGAAGCCGCGCUCUUUCCAGUCUCAGCGGAACGUCGGUUGUCCGAAAUUCAUCCAGCGCGAGUCUCUCCCUCAGCCACCCGGCCCCCGAUCCCAACAGGCUUUCGCAGGCCGGGAACUUCCUGGGAAACAUUGCCGCCCUCGAAGCCAGCGCGGAGAGGCUGUCGAUGACUAGCAGCAUCGAAGACGCCAUCCGUGAAGAACAUAACGAGCUCAAACGGUCCGAAAGCAGACGGUCCUCGAUCCUACGUGCACGCGCUGCCUCGACGUCGGACGCCGGGUCCGUGUACGGUCAACCUCAGUUAUUCAUUGCUAGCCGACACAACUCGAUCCUGGGCACGAACAACGCGGCUCGUUCUGGAGGAUACUCACCUGGUGGUUUUAUUAUGAGCCCACACCAUUCUAUGUCAGGAACUUCAGGCCGUCUUCGCUCGGGUAGUAAGGCUAGUUCGAUCGGCAUGCCGUCCCAUCUCCCCGGGACCUCGGAAAUCGCCACCGCGCCGGCGGACUUGGAGCACACACAGGAAUUUCGUUUCCUCCCGCGGCACGGUCCCGGUAAGGCCUCGACCAGGAGUGUUGCUAGCCGCCUAUCGCUUGCCCAGAUUGCCGAGCUCGAGCCCCCCACGUCCCUGACCAAGGAUGCUCUAGAUGCGGCUGAUCGUGCCGCUGCGGCCGGCGAAGACGAUGAUGCCGAGGAGGAUAAGAUCCGCAACAAGGCUCAUCAAUUCAUAGAAGAUGAGUUUGCCAAUGAAGCAAAUAACCCUCUGACGGAUUACGACUUCGCCGGCGGUGAACCGGCCCCUCGUCUCCAACUGCACCAAGCAGACCAGUACCAGCACUAUGGCGCGCCGCGUCCGGGCGACGACCGACCGACAACAUCCGGCUCCGGCAUGACGUACGAGCAGGCUCAAGCCGCGUUUGGAGAUUUCGACGGCGUGCACUGCGACCCUGACACCGGCGACCUGAUCUUUGGCCCCGGGCCGGAUCGCAAGGAGCCUGCACCGCGACCUCGUGCUGGUACCGCCCCCCGUCCGACGACUUACAUUGACCCUGCCACCGGGCAACAGAUGCUUUACUACCCGGCCCCGGUCCCCGCGAUGCUCAACCUCCCACCUAAGCUGUCGAAGAAACCGAAGGCCUCGCCCCGGGAAACUCGCCGCUCGCAGGUUGUAAGCGGCGCCCCUAAGUCAGCUCGAGAAUCCAGGUUCCUACUCCCCGACCCCACCAGAGGGCUGCGUAGGAGCGACGAAAACGCCCCCUUCAUGGGGGAUCUUCUCGGGGAGCAUACCAAUGAUACAGACUUGACACCCCAGCCAUCUGGAACGGCCCCCCCAGCGUUAGAUUACUUGGCGCAUGACAGGCAUCCGUCCGAGGCGAGCACUGUCCACCCACCGGCAGAGCAACGCGAGAUCCGUCGGCCGCAGCGUUUGGCGGAUGCUGAUAACCGCAAAUCCCGCCCCGCUAACACCGACGGGUUACCGCCACAGCUGCGUGCAAGCGCCUUCUUCGACUUGCCAUCUCAGCCCGUGAAUGUCGAAGUUAAGGACGGAUCCGCGAUGAGCACCCUGGACCACCUCCUCGACGCAUCGGCCGCGGCUCCUGUUAGCGCCUUUACCGAUCAUGUCUUCGCGGGGAAGCUUGGGGCGGAAGUCUAUGGCCCGACAAAGAAGAAGAAGAAGGUGAAGAAGAGCCCGGCCACGCCAACGCCGCCCGCUGUACCCGACGCGAAGGUCAAGCGGAAAACGCUUGUUAAGAGAAAUUCGAGCAGUAAUAUCCUGGAUGGUCUUGACGACAAGCCGAAACGCAAAACACUGGUGAAGAGAAAUUCCAGUGGCAACUUACUCGACCCUAGCGUGGAGAAGAAGCGGGCUACACGUUUCUCGCUCUUUGGUCCCAAGCCCGUGGAGCAGGCACCGGAACAGGAGGAUGAAGCUAGGGACAACCGGCACAGCCUCGACAAUGAUUCCCAAUCGGAGAGGAGCCUGUCACCGAACCCGUUAGCCCCAGAGGAGGGCGACUCAACGGACACGGAGAGCGAGGAGGAAGAGGACGAGGAUGAGCCGGUGUAUCAAGGCCCACCGACGACACUACUGGCGGAACUGCAGCUCCGUAAACAACAAAACCUUCAGCGCACUCGCCCGACGGUGCGCCCGGAUGGAAUGCGCAGCACGCUCUUGGAACUGGAUGCAGUCGCCGAAGUGGAACGAAAAGCCAGGCACGGGAAGCGCGUGACACUCGCAUGGGAGGAUCCGGCCGCUGUUCCUCGGGAUGAAGAUGAGGACGACGAUGAGGUUCCACUGGGCAUGCUGUUUGCUGCCAAGGCGGCCGGCCCCGCUGGUGGGAAUCGGGCAACCAUGGACAUCAGCACUCUCAUGAGCGAGAUGCACCGGCCUCUCGGCCUGAUGGAGCGUCGCGAGAUCGAGGAGAACGAGCCACUCAGCCGUCGCCGCGAAAGGCUGCAGGGCAGAGUCAACGAACAGCUACCGACGUCCCUAAGCGCGCUACAGAAGCGGAUGAGCCACAUGCCUGGAACGCCGGGCAUGCAGAUGAGGUCACAGUCCCGCCUCACCCUUCCUCAUACUCAGGGCGGGGCUUCUCGUUCAGGCUCCUUGCUAGGCUCGGAUGCCGGUAACCUUGCAGAAGGCGACGACCCGGAGGUGGAAGGGGAGACACUGGCCGCCCGAAAAGCCCGUCUUGCUUCUGAGAACCCACUGCCUCGCGCUCGUCCCGUGAGCAGCUCGUUCUCGGCUGAACUCCUUCGUGAAUUUGGCCCUGAUGAGGAGGAAGCAGCAAAGAAGCCGCUCGCGAACGUUGCCCACAAUCGCACUACCUCCCGCGAUACCACUACGGGGCCUCCCGACAACGGCGACGCUGUCCCGGAGGAAGAGGAAACCCUCGGCCAGCGACGCCGGCGUCUACAGCGUGAAAGGGAAGCGCGUGAGCGCGAGAUGGCAUUCAGCGCCCUCAACGGAACCGCCGCACCUCCUGCUGGGGGCAAUGCUGAACCCGCCGCCCUCGCCAUUCGUCCGGGCCCGGUGGGUAUGGCCGGUCUCCUCGGUUCCCGCUCUGCUGGUCAGAUGGUGGCCGAUCCUCGUGAAAUAGAACGACUCCGACGCGAGACCGAGCUAGCGCGCCAUCACCACGAGAACAACAUCAAGAUGGCUGCGCUGCGGGCGCAGAUGCCGACUAACCUCACCUCGCCUGCUGUCGGCGCUCGGGCGGGCGGGUACAUGAACGGGCGGUUUAACGAUGGUGGGGGCGGCACUGGCGCUCCUUCUGGCCUUGCGUACGGUGGUGCCGGGACGCUGCUGGGCAUGCAGGCGCAGCAACAGCAAGCGCAGAGGGCUAGUACGGUACUUGGGGCGCAGGGGAUGAUGGGUGGUGUUUACGGUGGAUCAACGCCUAACCUCGGAAUGUAUCCCAACGGGAUGGCGGGUAUUGGGGGGAUGGUGCCACCUGGGUCGGCGGGCGGGUAUGGCAUGCCGAUGGUGGGCGCUGGUGGUGCGGGCGUGGGUGUCGCUGGGCAGGGGCACAUGGAUAUGGUAGAGCGAUGGCGACAGGGGGUGAUGCCGUAA